GAAAUGUGUAAACUCUAGCGUUCUGCUUGAAUCUUAAAUUUCAUCUUCAAAAUUGAAUUAAAAAAAUUAAGUCGUUACAUUUAACAUAUAUCUGUUGAAUAUAUUUUAUUACAUAUUAUAUACAACCUAAUAAUGAGGUCGUCAGCAGCAAAACGGAAGCUUCAGCUUUUAAAAUACCGCAAUUUGCGAAAAGAGGCACUGAAGCAAGCUGAAGCUGUAAGGACAUCUAAGAGAUCCAUUGCUAGUUCUAUACCAAGCCGUGGACGCCCUCGUCUAGCUGCUACCCAAUCGCUACGGAACAAAGCGCGCACAACUCAUUUUGCGCACUUUAAAAUAACUACUCCAUCCAAGAAGUGUAAACGAAACAGACAAAACGCGUUUAUGCCACAAAAGCCACAAAGUGAGAGUUUUAUAAUGAGACUCUUUGACCGCAGUCUUGAUCUGGCUAAAUACAAUGAAAAUUCGUCAUUAUUUCCGAUAUGUCGUGCAUGGAUAAUGAAUCAGCCCCGCAGUAACAACAUAAUAAACUACCGUGAACGUCGUUCUCCAUCACCAGUAAAGCGAGAAGACAACGCAGAGGAAAUGUUACAUUCAAUUUGCGAGUCAAAAGAUAAGGAGAUAAAGCGCAUGCCGAGGUUGGCAGCAAAUGAUUUCCCUAAUAUACCACAAUUCGAUUACGAGUUCUUGAAUAAAUCGGAUCGUGAAGAACCUGAGGAGACUGAUCCAAAUACAUUGCUCUCAAAACAUAUAAGUAACUGGAAACAGAUAAAGAAAAACUGGAUAAGACACACCAAAGAAUAUAAGAAAGCAUAUAAUAUGACUCAUCUUUUGAUAGAACAGCUCUAUCAGAAGAAGUGAAUAGAUGAAUUUAUAAUUUAAAUAAAACAACAUAAAAUCAUA